CUUCGUGACAACAACGAAGCGAUGGCCGAAAGACGCUUCACUCGCCUGAAGGCCUCCCUCUCGGAAACUGCGGCCAAAACUCGAGAAAAUGUGUCGCGAGAGUUGCGCCAAUCCAUGGUCGAGGACGCGACGGACGGCUCUGACGUCACGAACGCCGCGAACGACGACUCCUUCGACGCCUUCUGUCCUCCGCUCGACUCGACUCCGCUCGCGAUUCCCGACAACGACUUCCAAGUCCGCGAAGUGGCGCCGCACGAGACGUCCGGUCCUCCGCCGCAAUGCGCGUCAGUGUUGGCGCGCGAGAGUUGUCGCCACUUAUGGGAAGAGCGCCGGCAGUUGUGGUUCGCGUCGGAAGCGCUCAACGGCUCGCUCUUCGAGUGUUUCGCCGAUUGGCGCGUCGGUCGCGAUCUGCGGCCUCACGUGUUCGCGACGGCCGACCGCGCCCUCGACGCGAAGACGGUUCUGCGGGAAACGGCGUGUGUUAUGAACCGAAUGAACGGAUUUCUGUCGCUUUGGCGCCAAAACGACAACUGCUUCCUCUCGUUCUUCAGAGACCGGAAACGCCAACAACUGAUUUGGACACAAGAAGUGACGCAAGAAGUGGUGAAGAGAGACGAGAACGCGCUUCAACUCGACUGCCAUUGCAUUGAGUUCUCCGGCGAUGACGUCAUCGACGACUGGAUUCAAGACAUGAAUGAAAACCGUUUUGACGCCAAACGCUCUCUCGCGCGCAUCCGACGCUCCGAUUGGUCGCACGUCGACCGCUUCCACCGCAGCCACGCCCACCACAACCUCUUCCACGCCUACGCCGAUCUUCACGUGCGUCGCGGGGCCUUUGCCCGCUUGCGCGCGACUCCCGACUCUUCGGACGUCUCGUGUGUCGUCUCCUCUGUCGCCGUUCGCGUCGUCUCCGCGCGACUCGACGUCAAAGAGAGCAAAGACGGCGUCCUUUUUGUCAAAAUGGCUCUUUUUGACGCCAAAGCGGGAAAAGUGUCGCAAGAGUUCCGCUUUCGGGACGCCGUCUGCGACCGCACCGCCCUCUACAACGUCACGCCCGGCGGAGACCUCUAUCUCGUGGUUCGCGUCGAGCGCUGCGCCCACAAGACUUCGCUGCGGCCGCAGAGCGCUCACCGCGAGCCGUUCGCGUGGUCGGCGCGACCGCUCUUCUCGGCCGACGGCGCUCUCAUUUCGGGCGCCAUUUCUUCGCCGCUCUUCAAAAUGGAUUCAAACCGAAUGUCCGACGAUUACGUCACGCAAUCGCUCAACAAUCAGAACCUCAUGCGAAACAACACGACUCUCGGCGGACAUCUCGUCUCCCGACUCGACCGCCGCUCGAGCAUGUCCGACGAUUACGUCACGCAAUCGCUCAACAAUCAGAACCUCAUGCGAAACAACACGACUCUCGGCGGACAUCUCGUCGUCAAUCUCGAGCUCGACUCGAGUCCCGACUCGACCGCCGCUCGAGCUGUGCCUUCGUUGCGUCCGCCCGUCGCGCCCGUCGACGCCUUCCGUCACGUUCUGUACGUCUUUCCCCUCAGUUUAAGAUACGACUCGCAAAAAGUGUUUCCAAAAGCGCGUAAUCUUUGCGUUGAACUCCAAGUCCGCGAUUCUGAUGCCGUCGACGCGCGCCCUCUGCCCGCCCUCCACGACGACGCCUCCCCCGAUGCCGCCACCGCCGCCUCCUCGGCCGCCACGCGCCACAACGUGAACCCCGACUUCAACGAGGAGUUCAAAGUCUCGCUUCCGACUCAACACUCGGAGAAACUCCAUCUUCUCUUCACAUUCUUCCACAUCUCGUGCAAGAAGGAG